AUGGGCUCCAGGGUGCGUCGAAUAUAUGUGGGAGCUAUUGCUCCUUCUCUUGUCGAUAAUAUUGGAGAUUUGGAGAAAAGGUUUGAGAAGUUUGGUAAGAUCGAGAAAGGUUUCUCACUUCAUACUAAAGAAAUUUUGGGCUACCAUUACGGAUACAUCAUGAUGCAUAUUGCCGAUGAUCAAUUAGCUAAACUUAUACGUUCAUUGAACGGUGUGAAUUACAAAGGUUCAAAGUUGGUUAUCCAAGAGGCUCGGCCUGAUUAUCGAACCCGUUGGGAGAAAGAUAGUCGGAGACAGGAUACCAAGAUCAAAGACAGACAAUUGAGAGACCGGAUAGCAAAGUGCCGGCUUGAAAGAAUUGCUAAAAAAGAUGUUAACCCUUUUGAACUCUCUCAGGUUAUCAAGGGAAGAGAAAGAAAGGACCCGAGAAAGAUAAAUCCUGCAAAAAUCACUAUGAGAACCAAUGUCAAAGGAGUUUUAAAGAUAGUGAGAGGACGGAAAACCAAGGUCUGGGGUUACAACAAAAACAAGCAUCCUGUGGAUCUCGUUUGGAGAUAUAUUGACGGAGAAUGGAGAGAUGGUAACGAUCAUACUGUCGAGAAAGUGAAAACAGAUAUCAAUAUGGGAGAGACUGAGCUUGAAAUUAACGAUGAAAAGGAGCGCACUAAUAAAAUGUUGGAAUCAUGGAUGGAUUCUUUUGAUUUCGAAAAGCCCAUGGAAUUGGAUGACGAAGAGGUUUUCGAGCAGCCUGAUGUUGUUGGAGGAGAGAUUAAUGGUGAUUUCGAGAUUGAGAAAUCUGAACCUGUUGAGGAACCUGCAGAAGAACCACAGGUGAGUGAAGAAGAGGAUGAGGAUAUUGAUACGGAGUUUUUGCCAUCGUUCCUGAAGAAACCAACUGAACCGGUUGAGGAACAAACAGACUCGAAAAACACUACAGAGACGUUGCGUACAUUGUUGAAUUCCACAGAAACAGAACAAGCGCCGGUGGUUGAAGAGCCUGUUCCUGUUGCGGCACCUCCGUCUGUCUCAAGAAAGUUUGCCUUGUUCUUCUCGCACUCAGACUCUCCAUUCUUGAGUGCCCAAACACAAAUAGCUUCCCUGCCAACUGUCCAGCUUGGAGAAGACUACGACAAGUGGUUCUGGGAAAACCGCGGUGAAAUGAACAGAUACUUCAGACGUCGUCGCAGAGACGUUCUCCGGCAGACCAAGAAAACCGGAAGAGUUGCAUUAAUAUAG